GAGUCUCCGGCGCUUUGGCGGGAAAAGAGGCGUCGGGAAAAGUCCUUUCUCCUUGCCUGCAGCGGUCGGGUACCUACAGCCGCGCCAGCACCCACGCCAUGCCUGCUGCCGGCUCCGAACUGCCUCGCCCGCCAUCGCCGCCUCCCGCUCAGGAGCAGGGCGCCGAGCCGCGGCCGCAGCACCACGGGGAGCUGCAGUACCUGGGGCAGAUCGAGCACAUCCUCCGUUGCGGCUUCCGGAAGGACGACCGCACGGGCACCGGCACGCUGUCGGUGUUCGGCAUGCAGGCGCGCUACAGCCUGAGAGAUCAGUUUCCUCUGCUGACAACCAAACGUGUUUUCUGGAAGGGUGUUUUGGAGGAGUUGCUGUGGUUUAUCAAGGGAUCCACAAACGCUAAGGAACUGUCCUCCAAGGGAGUGAAAAUCUGGGAUGCCAAUGGGUCCCGAGACUUCUUGGACAGCCUGGGAUUCUCCUCCAGAGAAGAAGGGGAUUUAGGCCCUGUUUAUGGCUUUCAGUGGAGGCAUUUUGGAGCUGAAUACAAAGAUAUGAAUUCAGAUUAUUCAGGGCAAGGAGUAGACCAACUGCAAAAAGUGAUCGACACAAUCAAAACCAACCCUGACGACAGAAGAAUCAUCCUGUGUGCUUGGAAUCCGAAAGAUCUCCCUCUCAUGGCCCUCCCCCCAUGCCAUGCCCUUUGCCAGUUCUACGUGGUAAAUGGGGAGCUGUCCUGCCAGUUGUACCAGCGGUCGGGAGACAUGGGACUGGGUGUGCCCUUCAACAUCGCCAGCUACGCCCUGCUCACCUACAUGAUCGCACACAUCACAGGCCUGAAGCCAGGUGACUUCGUACACACGUUGGGAGAUGCCCACAUUUACCUGAAUCACAUUGAGCCGCUGAAAAUACAGCUUCAGCGGGAACCAAGGCCUUUCCCGAAACUCAAAAUCCUUCGAAAAGUUGAGAAAAUCGAUGACUUCAAGGCUGAAGACUUUCAGAUCGAAGGUUACAAUCCUCAUCCGACUAUUAAAAUGGAAAUGGCUGUUUAGAGUGCUUUUAAAGGAGUUGUUUGAAGGAUAUUUACGCCCAGGUAAAAGUUCAUUUUGCUCUAAAGGAGGAAGGAACUGGGUCAAAAACCUGUUGGUGAUCUAUCAGUUAUUAUUCAUUAACUUUUAAGGGUGUUGCCCCUGGCAACUAGAACUGUGCUGGUUCUCUUAGUAAAUAUAAGGCCUCUAGUUUGGUUAAACUGAGAAUGUGUGAUAGUGUCCAGAUUGCAAAUGAAGACAGGAGACAGAAUUUAUAUACUCUGAAGAAAAAUAUGUAUAUGCUUCUCAAUACCAUACUCAAACGUCCCAAUUCAAACUUCAUAUUUUUAUAAAGAUGUUUUAUAAUUUCAGGAAUUAUGUUUCUAUAAAGAUGUUUUAUAAUUUCAAGAAUUAUAUCUAACUACUCUCCCAAAUUUAAGCAAACUCAGAUAACACCAUCCAUUAGGAUAAUGCCUGGUGUGGUUAUGAACAUUUCAAACUAUAUUUGUUUUAUAUCUUGCUAUAAUAAAUGUUCUGUAUUCAUC